AUGCCUCCACGCAACAAUCCCCUCCCCGCCGCUGUGCGCCUCUUCAACUGCGCAAUAUGCGACAAAGGAUACCCGCGCCAACUCGACUAUGAAAACCACCUUCGCUCCUAUGAUCACAACCACCGCCAGCGCCUUGCGGACAUGAAGAAGCUGACUGCAUCCAACGAAGGCGAGAGCAGCACCAAACCCAAACAAGGCCUGGAUAUGCGCAGUAUAGAUGUUGAGAAUGCGAACAAGAAGCCUGGUGUUGGGAGCCGGUUCACCAAGAUUGGGGGUGGUGGCGGGGCAGUCGCAGCGGGGAGCAGGUUCAAGAAAGUGGGGGUCGCGGUGGGCGGAAAGGAGAAGGAGGCUGGAUCUGAGGGUGUGGAAGCAAAGAAAGAGGAGGAGGGGACCAAGACUGAGGUCAAGAUUCAAGAACCUGUUGUUGCUGCUACUGCUCCUGCUGCCGUACCUAAUUCACAGGCGGAUACCAAGGAAGUCACCAUUAUGGCGGAUGAAGAUGCAGGAGAAACUAUCACGUGGGAAGAGUACGAUUUCACCAAGCCGACGGGAUGUGAUCACGCAAGUUGUCCGGGUUGCAAGACGGAUGGCAUUUGGAGCGGCGAGUGGGUUGCUGUGGGCGGGACCUGA